UGUAACCGAGUAAGAAAAGAAAAUUGCUUAGAGAAAAAGUGAGAAAAGAAAAUUAAAACAAAAAUAAAACGAUAGAAGCUGAUAAAGGGGGUUAGGGUUUAUCAUAUUCGAAAGCUUCCUUUAUCGCUCCCCGUUUCAAUCUUCGUUUCUUGCUGUCCUCAAAACUGGGAGUACCCUUCAAUCCGAAGCAGAAGCCUAGAUGAGUGAUUCCAAGGAGAAGAAGAAGGAGAAUGAGGAGAGUGCACAAGAAGACGAGGCUGUGACCAUUGCUUUGCCUAAUCACAAAGCAGCACAAGCUGAUGAACAUGAAGACCAUGACUCUUCUGUGCCACUGGACCAAACCCUGAUUCAGACGUUAAAUGGCACUCCACCUCUCCCUGAAGAUAAUAAGAUUAUGGAAUCUUGGUCCAAUCCGGAGCAACCAACUCAAGAUUCACCUGACUCCCCAGGCCUUUUAAAUGAUGACAAAGAUUUACUCAAACCUAAUACGCAACCCACUUCUGAUGUCAAGAUUGAAGACAAUGACUUACCUCCAAGCAAUCUAGGCUGUGUACACCGCCACAAUAACACGUCUUCAAGUCAUGUUGAUACUGCUGAACCAGAUGUUUCAGUUGCCAAAGAUGAACCUUGUCAAGUGCGUGAUACCAAACUUUCUGGUGAUGCUGACACUCUGCCUGCAACUACUACGGGUCAUAAUGAACCUGCUAUGCACUGUGCUAAAGCUUCUGAUAUAAAAUCUCAAAUUCAGAAUGGACGACAAAUCAAUAUGGAGCUGAAUGGAAAAGAUGUUAUUACACCUGUAGAGAAUGGGAACUCAAGCUCAAAGCACUUCUUUCUUUUGGGCAAUGAUCAUUUGUCAGAAGGUAAUGAAUCGGGAACAGAAGAAGAGCAAUCGGCUUUUAUGAAGGAGCUGGAAAUUUUUUUUAGGGAGAGGAGCACGGAAUUCAAGCCUCCGAAGUUUUAUGGGGAGGGUCUGAAUUGCCUUAAGUUGUGGAGAGCAGUGACUAGAUUGGGUGGCUAUGAUAAGGUGACUUCUUGUAAGUUGUGGCGGCAAGUGGGAGAGUCUUUCAAACCCCCAAAGACAUGCACUACAGUUUCAUGGACAUUCCGAGGUUUUUAUGAGAAGGCCCUCCUUAGUUACGAAAGGCAUAAAGCACAUGGUGGUGAGCUUAAUGUACCCAUUGCUUCCCACUCAGAGCCUAUGAAUAUUGAAAAUCAGGCUUCAGGAUCGGGUAGAGCACGUAGAGAUGCUGCAGCACGUGCUAUGCAGGGUUGGCACUCACAACGUCUUCUUGGUAAUGGUGAAGUUAGUGACCCUAUUAUCAAGGAUAAGAAUUCUAUUUCAAUGCAAAAGCGUGAAAAGCAGCUGAAGAACAUUGGUUUGCUUAAACGCAAGAAACCAUCUUACAUGGAACAUACGGUCAAAGCUGCACGUACUAGGGCAUCUAAACCACAAUUGGAUUCAUCAGUCAUUGAUAUUGGGCCCGCAGCUGAUUGGGUAAAGAUCAAUGUGCAGAAAACUAAAGAUUGUUUUGAGGUCUAUGCUUUAGUUCCGGGCCUUCUUCGUGAAGAGGUGUAGGCUCUGACCCUGAUGGGGUUGGAAUCUGUAACUAGUGGACCUCAACUCUGAGUUGGAGAUAACUGCACUUCCACCCUACACACUUGGUGGAAUGGAGUCGGAGUUACAUAUUGGAGUACCAUUUUUUUAGCCUUUUUAAAAUAAAUGGAAGAAGGAUAAACAAUUUAGAAUCAGCAACAAAUGAAAAAAAGAGACUUAUAAUCAGAUUACUUGGCACAAAAUUAAAAAAACAGAAACAAACUUCACAAAAAAUAAAUAAACAGAAACAAACUUCGAUUUAAGAUAUUUUAUUUGAAUUUAACAAAGGCACAAAGCUCAGCAAAGGCACAAAGCUCAGCUCCAGGAGUCCACAAAAGCCUUUUUGCAUUCCUCGAUGGCUUGACUGGAUAGAAAUUUGUAUAUUAGAUACUUGUUUCAUAGUACCACCUUUUUGAAAAUCACUAUUGGAUACAUGUUCCCGCUGUACCAGCUAUGUACAAAUACAUUGAGUAGAAUCUUUUUUGUUUUGGGAUCCUUGGCAGGAUCAGCAAAAAACAUGAAAUUUGCCCAAAAGCUAGUUGUGGUGGUAUUCUCAACUAGCCAAGUCAAAAAACAAAGUCAAUCUUUUAGGUUGAAGCAUACAAAAAGUGUGGCAUCAGUUUCAACUCUAGAUGUAUCAUUGAGAAGAUAUAUUAAAUAAUAAGGUCUAUAUUCCACUAGUAGUAUU